UCUGUAGUAAAUCAUUCAUUCAAAAUGAUAACUUAAAUAGAUACAUAUGGAUUCAUACCUGACAAAAACCAUAUUGCUGUGAUAUGUGAGGUCAAUCAUUUUCUGACGGUAGUACCUUAAUUAAGCACAAAAAUAUUCAUACAGGAGAAAAACCAUAUUACUGUGAUAUCUGUGGUAAAUCAUUUUCUAAAAGUCAUACCUUAACUAAGCAUAAACGUAUCCAUACAGGAGAAAAACCAUACCAGUGUGACAUCUGUGGCCAGUCAUUCUCCAGGAAUGGAUAUUUAGCUAAGCACAAACACAUUCAUAUUGAUGAGAAAACAUAUCACUGUGUUAUUUGUGGCAAAUCAUUCUCUCAAAGUAAUGAGUUAGCCAAACACAAACGCACUCAUACAGGCGAACAGCCAUAUCAUUGUGCUAUCUGUGGGAAAUCAUUCUCUCAAACUAACGACUUAUACAGACACAAACGCACUCAUACAGGUGACAGCCAGGUAGACUACUCAAGUUACUGUGUUUUGGCAGGGUUUUUGUGGCUUGAUGCCCUUCAUAACACCAACCACUCUGCUGUUGCAUGUACUUCCAGAUGAACUUGCAAGAAUUUGGUCAGAUGUGGCUGUUAUAAAAGACUUACUGAAGGUGCUAUGCAGUGGGACCGAAUCCAGGGAAACCUGGUUCAGAAGCAAGCUUCUUAAGUAGACAGCUACUCCUAAAUAUCAGAUGACAUUGGCAUACAGGUAUAUCAUACUUCAGAUGUAUCAUCGAUAUUUAUCAUCAUUUAAAAAGAAAAAAGAAGUUGCUACACGGAAUGGAUAUAAUCCCGUUUCUAUGAAAUCUGAGAAAAUUGGUGAGAUCAUUAGUAAGGUUUUACUACUUAACUGCCUGAAAUAUGUUCAAGAGUAGGUUAUGUUCUAAUUAAAGUUGGACAUUAUUACGAAAGAGUUUCCAGUAUCUUCUAUCAUCAGCGAGGAUCACGUUCCAUGGUAGUAUAGCAGUAGAAAUAAUUAAGAAAAUACAAGAACAAGAGGGGAAGUGGUCAGAGAAGAAUAAUUAUGGAAAGUGAAUACUCUAAGAAUCCAAUUCAAAUCAAAACAGAGUCUGCGAGUAUUGAUAGUUCUGAUGAGAUGCAAAAAGAGACAGAAAAAACGUCAUACUUCUGUAAUGUGUGUAAAAAGACAUUCUCUCAAAGACGUUGCCUAAUUGAGCACAAGCUUAUUCACACGGGACGAAAACUAUAUCAUUGUGACAUUUGUAGUAAAUCAUUCUCUAAAAGUAGUACCUUAAACACACACAAAUGUAUUCAUACAGGAGAGUCACCAUAUCACUGUGAUAUCUGUGGUAAGUCGUUCUCUAGAAGUGGUACAUUAAAUAUACAUAAACGCAUUCAUACAGGAGAGUCACCAUAUCACUGUGAUAUCUGUGGUAAAUCCUUUUCCACAAGUAGUAAAUUAAAUACUCACAAACGCAUUCACACUGGUGAGAGACCAUAUCAUUGUGAUAUCUGUGGUCAAUCAUUCUCUGAAAAUAGUACCUUAAACAAACACAAAUAUGUUCAUAUAGGAGAGAAGCCACAUCAGUGUAAUAUCUGUGGUCAAUCAUUUUCUGUAAGUAGUACCUUAAACACGCACAAACAUAUUCAUACAGGAGAGAGACCAUAUCAUUGUGAUAUCUGUGGUAAAUCAUUUUCUAAGAGUUGUAAUUUAAAUAGUCACAAACGCAUACACACAGGAGAAAAACCAUAUCACUGUGAUAUCUGCGGCAAAUCAUUUUCUAAGAGUUGUAAUUUAAAUAGUCACAAACGUACACAUACAGGAGAAAAACCAUAUCACUGUGAUAUCUGUGGUAAAUCAUUCUCUGAAAAUGGUCACUUAAAUUCUCACAAACGUAUUCAUACAGGAGAGAAACCAUAUCACUGUGAUAUAUGUGGUAAAUCAUUCUCUGAAAGUGGUAAUUUAAAUUCUCACAUGCAUAUUCAUACAGGAGAGAAACCAUUCCACUGUGAUAUCUGUGGUAAAUCAUUUUCUAAAAGUAGUAACUUAAAUAGUCACACACAUAUUCAUACAGGAGAGAGACCAUAUCAUUGUGAUAUCUGUGGUAAAUCGUUUUCUAAAGGUAGUAACUUAAAUAGUCAUAAGCAUAUUCAUACUGGAGAGAAACCAUAUCACUGUGAGAUUUGUGGUAAAUCAUUCCCAGUUCCAUGUAAACUAAGAGCACACAAAUAUAAUAUUCAUACAGAUGGAAAACCAUAUAAAUAUUCAAAACGAAGUUGUCAGAGGAGAAUAAUUAUGGAAAAUGAAUUCUGUGAGAAACCAAUUCGAAUUAAAACAGAGUCUGAAAGCAUUGGUUUUCCUGAUGAGAUGCAGAAAGAGAUAGAAGACACAUUAUACUCCUGUGAUGUUUGUAGUAAAUCGUUUUCUGAAAGUGGUCACUUAGAUAUUCACAAGUGUGUUCAUACAGACGAGAAACCACACCACUGUGAUAUCUGUAGUAAAUCAUUCUCUUGCGAAAGUCAGCUACUUAGGCACAAACGUAUCCAUUCACAAGAGACAACAUUUCACUGUGAUGUUUGUGGUAAAACAUUUUCUAAAAGUCAUACAUUAACUACUCACAAAUGUAUUCACUCAGAACAGAAGCUAUACCAAUGUGAUAUCUGUGAUAAAUUGUUUUCUAAAAGUGGUAACUUGAAUUCUCACAAACGUAUUCAUACAGGAGAGAAACCAUAUCAGUGUGACAUUUGUGGUAAAUCAUUUACUACAAGUGGUGCUUUAAACACUCACAAACAUAUUCAUACAGGAAAGAAACCAUACCACUGUGAAACUUGUGGUAAAUCGUUCUCAGUUCCAAGUAAACUAAGGAGACACAUAUAUAUUCAUACUGGAGAAAAACCAUAUUGCUGUGAUUUCUGUGGCAAAUCAUUCUCUCAGAAUGUUGACUUAGGUAAGCACAUACGGAUUCACACAGGAGAAAAACCAUAUCACUGUGAUAUCUGUGGUAAAUCAUGCUCUACAAGCAGUGACUUGAUUAAACAUAGGCGUGUUCAUACAGAAGAAAAACCAUUUCUCUGUGAUAUCUGUGGUAAAUCCUAUUCAUUAAGCAGUCACUUAAAUACACACAAACAUAUUCAUACAGGAGAGACACUAUUUCACUGUGAUGUCUGUGGCAAAUCAUUUUCUAGAGGUGGGACCUUAAAUGCUCACAAACGUAUUCAUACAGGUGAGAGGCCGUAUCACUGUGAUAUCUGUGAUAGAUCAUUUUCCACAAGUAGUUCCUUAAAUGCUCACAAACGUUUUCAUACAGGUGAAAAACCAUAUCACUGUAAUAUUUGUGGUAAAUCAUUCUCUGAAAAUAGUAACUUAAAUACUCAUAAACGUAUUCAUACAGGAGAGAAACCAUAUGACUGUGAUAUCUGUGGUAAAUCAUUCUCUCACAGAAGUGCUUUUAACAAUCACAAAUAUGUUCAUAAUGCAGAAAAAAAGCAGUUUCUCUGAUAUCUGUGACAAAUUUUUCUCGAGCAAUUUGCAGUUAAGUAGAGAGACACAUCUUCAUAAACUGAAAAAAAUUAUAUUAUUUGUCUUUACUUUUAUUUCAUUUCUCUUCUUGACAUGAAAUUGUUAUUUUUUCCCUCUCUCCAAAUUUAUAGUCUUUAAAUAGUAUUCAUUAAGAGAUAUUAUACAAAUAUAAUGAUGGUUGUUGUGUUACUGCCAAAAGAAAACAAAUAUUACAGAAAUAUUACCAUAGGCGUAGGAGUGGCUGUGUGGUAAGUAGCUUGCUUACCAACCACAUGGUCCCGGGUUCAGUCCCACUGCGUGGCACCUUGGGCAAGUGUCUUCUACUAUAGCCUCGGGCCGACCAAAGCCUUGUGAGUGGAUUUGGUAGACAGAAACUGAAAGAAGCCCGUCGUAUAUGUGUAUAUAUAUAUAUGUGUGUGUGUGUGUAUGUUUGUAUGUGUGUCCCCCCAACAUCGCUUGACAACCGAUGCUGGUGUGUUUAUGUCCCCGUAACUCAGCGGUUCGGCAAAAUAGAUCGAUAGAAUAAGUACUAGGCUUCUAAAGAAUAAGUCCUGGGGUCGAUUUGCUCGACUAAAGGCGGUGCUCCAGCAUGGCCACAGUCAAAAUACUGAAACAAGUAAAAGAGUAUACACAUUAUAUAGAUAGAGAAACAAAUGAUUUACGCAAGAGCUAUAACAGUAACAGUUGCAAUAUUUCUGGGAGAAAGGAAAUGUAGGAUAGUCAAGAAGGGAGGGUGCAUCGGUAAGUAAUUGUUCCUUUGUCUGUAUAUAUAUAUAUUAUGGUUUCAAAUUUGGACACAUGGUCAGCAAGUUCGUGGGAAGGGUUUAAGUCAAUUAUAUUGACCCCAGUACUCAACUGGUACUUAUUUUAUUGACCCUGAAAGGAUGAAGGGUGAAGUCAACCCUUGCAGCAUUUCAACUCAGAAUGUAAAGUCAGAAGAGAAGGUAAUGGUUCUGCAAGCUUGCCUCCUUUAUUUUUACAUGUAAUAUCUAUAUGAUAUCUUGGGUAUGAUCUGAUUAUAAAUGCAAAAAGAAAUUAAUAUUAAAAGUAAGAGACUUUUCCAUUCUUCCUGAGAAUUAAACUAAUACAAUUGCUUGUUGUUCA